CCUGGGCACACUGCCCUGUUACAUCCACCCACGUGCCUCGUCGGCUGCCCUCCUCCUGCCCAGAGCUCCACACCCUUCCCGCACCUCACGCCGGGCUCUCGGAGCGUGCACUGGGGCUGGCACACCUCACAGGGCACCCACAGGCAGGCAGCCAGCCACGAAGAAUCCACCAAGUACCUCAACUUCUCGGCCUCGGAGGAGGAGGGGAGCAGCGUGGCCCAGCUCAGAUACCAGGUGAGCAACCUGGGGCAGAGGGACCUGCCUGUCAGCAUCUACUUCUGGGUGCCUGUGGAGCUGAACCAGGAGGCGGUGUGGACAGAGCUGGAGCUCCUCUACCCCCAGGGCCCAUCUAUCAACUGCUCUUCAGAGAGAACAGUGCCCACAGAGGCCGACCCCCGGGCCCACACGCAGAAGAAUCCCGUGCUGGACUGCUCCGCUGCUGCCUGCCGGCGGUUCCACUGUGACGUCCCCUCCUUCGGCACCCAGGAGGAACUGGACUUCACCCUGAAGGGCAACCUCAGCUUCGGCUGGGUCAGCCAGACUCUGCAGAAGAAGGUAUCGGUGGUGAGUGUGGCGGAAAUCACUUUCGACAGAUCUGUGUAUGCCCAGCUCCCGGGCCAGGAGGCGUCUCUGAGAGCCCAGACGGAGGUGGUGCUGGAGAAGCAGGAGGUCCACAACCCCGUGCCCCUCAUUGUGGGCAGCUCCGUGGGAGGACUGCUGCUGCUGGCUCUCAUCACAGCCAUACUGUACAAGGUUGGCUUCUUUAAACGUCAGUACAAAGAGAUGAUGGCGGAAGCAAAUGAACAAGCUGCACCAUCGGACCCCCAAGGUGGCCAAUAAGAAACUCCCUCCUGUUCUCUUUGGACUUGCUCUGCCCUGAGAGGCUUCCUGGCCCCUUUAAUCACACCCGCCAGGCUUGAGGGGGAACAACUGUCCCACAGGAGGGAGGCUGGCACCGGCUGCUUUCUCUCUUUGGAGGAUGAAGUUUAUUUGCACAAAGCGUCUCGCCUGGGAAGGGCCAUUUGUCUUGUCAAAGCUCCAGAUGGAAACACCAGGCAGGAUCCCUGCCCUGCCCCCCGAGCACGUGGCCUGAAAUUUCUACCUGGAAAUACACGGACCAUAGCCCCCAGCUCCAUUCUCCCUUCCUCCACUAGCCACCAGUGAUCUCGCUAAAACGCAGUAUUGUUUUUUGUGAUUAAAAAAAAUAAAGAAAUGUAUUGGGCUGA